AAAAUUUAUAUCUAAAGGAAAAUGAUUUGAGUCUCAGAUACCAGGGAGUUGAAGACCUAGAGGGGGGAACUCCCACACCUUUUAGGGGUUAAAAAUGCGUGUUUGGCACCUCUUAUGGUGUUCAACCUUAAAAGGUCCUCAGUGGGAGCUUUAGUAGCCGUUAACCUUUUGGGUUAUUGAGCAGAAAGAAGUCAUAUUUGUCAGUUUAUGUGUUGUUUUAGAAUUGGUACCUCUGGGGUGAAAAAAAUUCCAGUCACACUCACAAAACAGGAUCUUGGUACCUCAUACAGAUUCUUUUCAAAAUCUUUGAUGAGCACUCCCGUCCUUUUCAUAUGGGAUUCCCCCCGCCCCGGUUCAAGAUAAUCAAGUUUGAGCAAGCAAGGUUCUACUGUAAGUGUCUUAGACUCAGCUUGGAAAAUCUCUCAUAAUGUUACAUUGUUCUCAGAUUGCAACACCUUUGAAAGAGUUGAUUCCAAAUGCCAGCCCUGAAGCCAUUCAGUUGAUGAGAGACAUGCUACUGUGGGAUCCAAAAAAGCGACCAACAUGCGCACAAGCACUGAAAUAUCCUUACUUCCAAGUUGGGCAAAACCUGCCUAAACCUGCCCCACAAAUAAAACCUUUACAGCAAAGACAGCCUCCCCAACCACCACAACAACAAUACCAACAGCCAGUUCAAGAGAGGAAAGAUUCUGUCAAUUCGGGCUUUGGUAGUGGAAAUGAAAACAGGAGGUUUGGUGGAGAGGCAGGUACUGUCAGAAAAGUUCCUGUGGCAAAGGCUGGCAAUGCCCUUAGUUAUGGGAGUGCCCGGAAAAGAUGGGGUGAAGGCAGUGGAGUUAAAGACAGCACUGAUGAAUUUGAAUCCCUGCUUAGUGAGAUUGAUACAAGUAAUACAUCAGCAUUCACUAAGAAGCCUCCUGUUCAGAGGACAGACCCAAUUGAUUCCUUCUCAAGUGUGCAACGCGAUUCAGGUGUUAACAGAAAGACACCACCGAGUGCCAAACAGCAUUACAUGAAACAAGCUCGAUACUUCCCUGGUUCAACAAUGAACGCGCAACCUCAGGUGACUCACAACCCAGCGCCCUCAAUGUACACUAGAAAAGUCUCCUAUGGAAAGACAGGGAAUGCUGUGGGAGGCAGCACGUACGUGCCAUCUUUUGGCGGUGGGACACAAAACAGAGCUGGUGGUGUUGGAGGUAUUGGCUGGAAACCACCAAUACUUACCAAGCAAGGUAGUGGUACAAAUAUUUACCAGCCUCCUGGGGCACGCUUGGGUGUUGGAACUGACUGGAGUUCAAAAUAUAAAGGACGGUCUUGAGAGAGUGAUCAAUCGUUUAUUCAUUAGGUAUUGUGUUAGAAUAUCUAUAAUCUACACUUUUAGUUCAAUGUACAUAUAAUUAUAAAUAUCGUUAUAAACUCAGUGGAGACCAUCAGUCAUUCUAAAUUGAUAUACUCCUCAUUUAAUAUGUUUCAAUUGUAAGAAACAAUUUAAUUUCUUAUUUUUAGGUGUCAAAAAUCUUGACUGAGCUUUGAUGUAAAUGUAAACGAUUUCUUAAACCAAAACAGUAGUGGGCAAAAGCUCUUAAGUAUUGUUGGUAAUUGUAGGUAGUCAAUCAAAUGUAUUAUAGUCCAGGUGUUUUUAAUUGCAUCAAGCAAUUGUUCAGGAAUAUUUGGAAUCGUUAGCUGAGGGAACGGGAUAUUUAUUUGUUCGAUCAGGGGAUGAACGUAUUCUAGCAGUUGAAUUGAGUUGCGUAGCAACAAGUAUGAGUGUCUGUAAGUAAAGAAGUAAUAACAAACUCCCUUUGUUGUAAAUUCCUAAAUCUUCUGAGAGAUUUAAUCUUGAAUUCAUGUCAACAAGGCAGCUCUGUGUUUUUUUUUAGUUUAAUUGUUUCCUACAGGGUUAUCCUGUACUACGAACAUUACUGGCCUACUCAAAGUUUUUGUGAUACGUUUUUUAAAGACCUGCAUGCUCAAAGCAACAUAGCAAUGCUUUCCGUUUGUUAAUUUAUUUAUUUAAUUUAUUGUCUAAAUGAAAUAUUGAAAUGUCA